AUUUCCAAGUCGCAUCCAAACAUGUCGCGUCACUGGCGAGACAAGCGGAACCGCAAGAAGCGAUCGCGCGACGAUUACGAGCGCGACAAUCAACUUGGUGUCAGUCACACUCUUGCGCUUCUGCAGGGCGAAACAGGUGCAUCCAAUGGUCACGUCGAAGGAACAGAACUCGACGCUCAAACCAAGGCAGAAGCUGGAGGCGUGCCGGAUCAAGAGGGUGAAGAAGGCCACCCCAUGAAAAAGCGCAAAAAAGCGCCCAAGAAGGAGAAGGAUAAGUAUCCUUCCAUUUCGCACUCACCGAACAUGCGUUUGAAUACUUCUGUGAAGCUCAGUGACAUUCAAGGCCUUGUGCUGUACCUCAUCGCAGAUGGCUUAGCUCCGCAGUGGCUAUCCGUCAGGAACUCUGGAAGCAUCAAAAAAGUGGUUAUGUUGAUGGUGCCAGGCUUGGAAGCAGGGAUGUUCGAUGGGAGGAUACCUCUCGACCCGCCAGAGGCAGCACUUCCUAACAACGAUGGGAGUGUGCCAGAAGAGCAAACUCCCAGCCAAGGUGGUGAUGAUGCUGAAGGCUGGACGGAAGUACGACAUGGCAAAAGCAGAACUGCCCCAGACGACUACUACCCGAGUAAACUGGCAGGACCUCGCUUGCCGGAAUCACUGAAGCCUCUUGAAGAGAUCUUCGAACACGUGUGGCCUGUCAAGACUCCUGGAGAUGAGAAGUAUGCGAAAAUGCACUCACCAUUGUCCGCCAUGCUGCAGACUCCAAUUGUCAAAACGAAGGACGAGAAGAAGUCGCACGGACCUCAGGCACCAGCUGCUAGCAAAAAUUGGCAGAAUAAGCGCGUCGCUGUGACUGAGCUGCUUGCAACUACCGAUCAAUUGGCAGAGGAAGGGUAUACUUUGCAUCCAGCGCACUUUUCUGGAACAUCGGCCGCCGACGAUGCAUCGGCACGUCGAGCCAGAAACAAUACUACUGUCAGUGACGGUUGGUUGGACACUCCAGGCAUACCCAAUCUCGAUGCCGGGAAGGCCAGUGAAGACGACAUCCAGCAAGGCUCGACAACUGUGGGCAGGAAGGUCCUGGCCAUUGACUGUGAAAUGUGCAUUACUUCACCAAAAGGCGUGACUCCACAGAUCUUUAGUUUGACUCGAGUGUCAGUGGUUGACUGGGAUGGCCAAGUUGUACUCGAUGAGCUUGUCAAGCCCGCUCAGCCUAUCUCAGAUUACCUGACUGCGUAUUCGGGAAUCACUCCGGCUAUGCUAGAGAGCGUCACUACCACUCUUGGCGAUGUGCAACAAAGGCUGCUAUCAUUAAUCACUCCGCAGACAAUUCUCAUCGGCCACUCUCUUGUCAGCGAUAUGAACGCUUUACAGCUCACUCACCCUUUCAUUAUCGAUACCACACUCUUAUUUCCUCACCCGCGAGGACCGCCGUUGAAGUCAUCUCUCAAAUGGCUAGCACAAAAGUAUCUCUCACGCGAAAUCCAGAAGGGACACGGUACGACAGGUCACAGCAGUGUCGAGGACGCUCGUGCUUGUCUGGAUCUGGUCAAGCAGAAAUGCGAGCGUGGUCUAGCCUGGGGCACUUCUGAAGCAAGCUUCGAAAGCUUGUUCAAACGCUUGUCGCGCUCGAAUCGGCCCAUGAAGCAGAAGAUGAACGCAGUCGGUGAAGAUGAGCCUAGGCGUUCCGCGGUAGUGGACUGGGGCGAUCCGUCCCGCGGAUAUGGUGGGCAAGCAGAUGUGGUGAUCGGCUGUGACAGUGAUGCCGACGUUGUCGCUGGCGUCACGCGAGCCAUCAACGGUGACCCGGACGACACAACACUUCCAGCCGGUGGUUGUGACUUCGUAUGGGCUCGCCUUCGCGAGCUUGAAGCUGCUCGAGGGUGGUUGGAUCGGUCGAAUCUUGAUGCCGAGUCUCUUCGCGCCUCGACUGUCGCCAAUGGCCAGGAGGGCUCACUGCACUCCACAGCUAAGCAGACUGCCGAUUCCAUUCGCCACAUCUGGGCAAGCUUACCUGCAUGCACAGCCUUGAUCGUGUAUAGCGGCUCUGCAGAUCCGCGUGAAAUGCGUGAAAUGCAAGCUCUUCAGCAGAAAUUCAAAGAAGAGUACAAAGUGAAGAAGUGGGAUCAGCUCAGCGUUCAGUGGACAGAUGUGGAAGAACAGCGGCUGAGAAAAGCUUGCCUGGAGGCGAGGAAGGGCCUUGGGCUGAUCACUGUCAAGUGA